GAUAAAUGUGUAACGAGACUUGAACAACUUGGCUAUAGAGUCGGACAGAGCUUAGUUGAAAGGUUUACAAAAGACAGCCCUCGAUUUAAAGAUGAACUUGACAUUAUGAAAUUUGUCUGUAAAGACUUCUGGACAACUGUGUACAAGAAACAAGUAGACAAUCUAAGAACCAAUCAUCAGGGUGUGUAUGUACUGCAGGAUAAUCGGUUUAGAUUACUAAUACAGAUUGCGGCAGGCAAACAGUAUAUGGAGUAUGCACCAAAGUAUUUGGCGUUUCCAUGCGGCCUUAUAAGAGGGGCGCUUUCUAAUCUUGGUAUGAACUGUAUUGUCACGGCAGAAGUCACUCAGAUGCCAGCGUGUAAAUUCCAGAUCAUCAUCCAGAAGUCUUAGCAUGUAUUUAUUCCUGAAAACGUUAUUUAUUCCACUUUUUGAUUUUGAUGUAAAGAGAAAAAUAUACAGCACAUGCCCAGUGUUGAAAUGAAGAAUGCUUAGUCUCCUUGCUGAGUUUGUGGAGUAAUGUACUAUGUCAAGCUGAGUUCAACAACGUAUAUAAAACAGAAAAAAAAGAUUGAGAAAUGACUACAUUUUUGUAAUUAUUUAUUUUGGUGCAGAUUUUUACACAGAUUUAUGUAAAUUUCUUAGAUUUCAAAACAAAUUUUGAAGGCAAACAGAUAUAAUUUGAUAUUGGUUAUCGAUACAAGACAUACUGUUUAAUCUGAUAACUUGAUAGAGUUGACUAAGGCCAGACUUUCUUUAACUCUUGUUUCUCGAGUUUUUAUAAGUCUUUUUUUUUUGAGGAGG